AUGCUGGAAAAGCUUGAGCAAGAAGCUAACUAUGUUGCCCCGGGAGACAGUUCAGAUAAUCAGGUUUAUCCAAGUCACCUGUCACCUAGACAACAUACUCGUGUUACACAGCUAGUAGGGAAUAAGUGUUCCGUAAACUGUCAUUUAGAUGGGCAAGCUGUGACUGCAUUGUGGGACACCGGUGCCCAAGUCUCAAUUGUUUCAGAAACUUUCAUGCAUAAACAGUCGUUGACAAGGAAACUCAGAAAUGUGGAAGAACUCUUAGGAGUACAAGGAAAAAUUGAAUUGAAAGCUGCAAAUGGCACGCCAAUUCCAUAUUGUGGUUGGAUUGAACUUAGCGUGAGGUUAAAUGAAACCCAACCUGACAUUUUAGUACCGUUUUUGGUAACCAAAGAGAAUAUUGGACCUCCAAUAAUCGGAUUCAAUGUCAUAGAACUAAUUGUUAAGGAAGCAAAUAGCAUAAGUGAUGAUACAGAAACAUUUGUGAAUGCAAUGAAGAAAAGUUUUGGUAGUUGUAAGGGAGAUAAAGUACAAGCGUUGAUAGAUGUUAUUUCAGCAAAUGAGCCUGAUGACCUUUGUCAAGUAAAAUGUCGCAAAACAGACAUUUUGAUUCCGAAAAAUCAAAGUAUUGAUGUACCUUGUUGUGCGAACACUGGUCCAAUAAACCGCACUGUUCCAGUUCUUUUCGAACCUAUUGACAAUACUGAAUUACCAUCAGGAUUAUUAUUACAAGAGGAACUUAAAUCAAUAAAACAAGGGAACUGUUCACUCAUAAACGUUAAGAUUACAAAUCAAACAAAUCACGACAUUAUUUUUCCUGGUAGAACAGUGGUAGGGCAUUUGCAACUGGUUCACUCAGUAACUCCAAUAGAAGUGAAGCUAAAGGAACCUAAAGCAACUACUACUAAUCAGCACUUUGAUCAAACUCAAAGUCAGGAAUGCGACAAUGUGAGUGCUGAAAAUUUGCCUCCUGUAGACCUGACUGGGUUAAAUGGUGAACAGUUAAAACAAGUUAAACAAUUAUUGUACGAUGAACGGGAAUCAUUUGCAAAGGAUGAUGAUGAUGUGGGAUGCAUUCCAGAGUUGACAAUGGAUUUAACUAUGACGAGUGAGAAACCUGUCCAGAAAAAUUAUGCGUCAAUACCACGACCCUUGUACCCCGAGGUCAAAGGGUACAUAGAGGAUCUCUUAAAUCGCGGAUUUAUUAAAAAGUUGAAAUCACCAUAUUCAAGUAGUGUCGUUUGUGUCCGAAAGAAGGACGGAGGAAUGCGGUUGUGUGUAGAUUAUAGGGAACUAAAUCGAAAUACU